GACGCGAGGCCCGGCGACCACCUGUGUGAGAUGUGUCGCUCUUCCUGGGAAUUGAGAAUUUGUGACUCAUUGAGUUAACCGCCUUCUGCCGAGGUCACGGGGGGCGGAGCCUGGCUGGUCACCGCCCCCCGGCAGCACACGCCGCUUCCAGACGUGUCUGGAAUUUUAACAAUUACGUCUCGUCCGCCAUGGAGAAGCCUGAUUACAAGAGGCGCAAGUGAGAGGUGGCGAUAGGCAAGAGGUAGAGAGAGAAAGAGAGGAGAGUGUAGAUGCGUGCGUGUGGCCUCGACGGCGGCGCGGGUGCGUGUGUGCGUGCGUGCUGGAACAGGCAGCGUGGGCGCCAAAAAGUAUGGUCGUGCGUCUGGCACGCACGCCGGCAAGCCCCGCCCCAUACUCGCGUCACAUGUGCUGUGCCUCAUAUUCCCGGAGUCAGCAGUAAACAACAGGCCGUGGUGGACUUCGUAACCCAGAGAGCCAUCCACGGCACCAACUCCGUUAUAUCCACGAUUGUGUAGUGCCCCAGCCUCUUCUCUCUCACGCACACUCGUCAGUCGCAGUGACAGAUUAACGAAUCCUUCUGCAAUUGACAUCAUUUAUCUAGUGCGAGGUGGACAACUACGUAGUAGGCUAAGCCAGGGUAUUGGUAGCCUAGCGAUGGUGCCAGUCAAUGAAUGUUGCUUAGUGACACACUGGCGCUGCGCGUAAACAUCGCUCGGUUCAGUCCAAGUUGAGCAGUGGUGGUGUGAGGUUGUGCUACCGCUGCUCUCCGCCCUCCCGACACCUUUUCCACUAAUUACCGGUUACGUGAACUGAACGCGAGUGACACCCGUUUAGGCCACAAAUGUUGAAGCGACACGCAUGUACGUUAUAGCACCAGCACACUGCAGCGGUGGCGUCUGAAAAUAGCCAUCUAAAUGGUGUCGCGAGCAAAGAAUACAACGGGGACGAUGGCCCUUCACUGUUCGCAAGCCAAACUGUGGGUCAAGACCCACUACGAGCGUCACGAGGAUGGUGUUGUGGCCAAGUCUGUCAUGUACAAACAUUACGAGGACUUCUGCAGAGACCAGGGCCGCAACAUCAUGGAGACCAGCAUCUUCGGCCGAGUGGUCAAGUCUGUGUUUCCUGACGUGACUAUCCGUAGACUAGGAGGUCGCGACAACCUGAAAUACUACUACUGCGGUAUUCAAGCCAAAGAAUCUUCGCCACACGCCAUCGAUAACGCCACCACCACUAGACCCAAGCGUCGCCUGCGGAAGCGAGAGAUUCCUCCGGACAAGGGCGACGUCCAUAGAUGCCUGGUGUGGCUACAUAAGAACUAUUGCCUCACACCUGACUCCUCCGUCAUGAAGUCUGAGGUGUACGACCGUUAUGUCCUCGAGUGCAUAGCAGGCGCAGGCGAGCCGUUAUCCAUGCAGAACUUCCUCAUUGUGGUCAGCCACGCCUUCCCACAGGUCAAGAAGAAAAAACUUAUGCCACGAUCUAAUCAACAUAAAUUUUAUUUCGGCCUGCAGGAGCGGCCCGCCCCUCUACCCCUCGACACUGCCCCUCCGGAGCUGAUGCGUGUGGUCGACUUCAUGUUCAAUAACGGCAGGUUAUGUUAUCGCUCAGAGCUGGAACACGACGAAGAUGACGAAGAUGACGAUGACUGCAGCUGUCGCAGUCCGGUCUCCGACACGUCGGAAGGUUCCCUGCGCGACGCCCACACGCCCCUCUCCGGUGAGCCGCCCGGCGCCCACGCCCUUCACUACUUCCACACCUACAUCAAGGACGAGCCCGUCGACUACAGCCUCCAGCACUUAAAACUGAAGGACGAGCCUCUGGACGACGAGUUCUCAGUCAAGGAGGAGCCGCUAGACCUUCACAUGCCUCGGGACGUGCACGACAUGGACACCUCAUACAUGGCCAGUCCGGAGCGCUCUCCCUCAGUAGCCACGUCCAUAAGUGACUCUCCAAGUCCGUCAGUGAAAGACCAAAAAACUAGAAAAAUUUAUAAACCUCGUUUUCACAUUAUAUCAGAUUACAAUGACGAGGGAAGUUGGAACAGUGAUACGGAUCCUAAGUUGGAGAAGUUUGAAGUUCAGUAUUGUAAUAAUUCCGUUCAGUCACAGUGGGAGACGUUUCUGAGAGACUGGUUAUCUCGAACAUUUGAGGAAUGUGAGCGAAUGUGUGUGAAUAGAGAUCAGGUAUACGCGUAUUAUGAGAAGUUCUGUGAGAUGUCAGGCACGACAGUCCUGCCUCUCACCUAUUUUGACGAGACGGUGUUCAAGGUGUUCUGUGGUGUUGUGACCAUGAUUCACCCGAGCGAGAAGACAUUUUAUGAGGGAAUUCGUGUCCAAUUACAUUCCGAUUUGUAUAGUCGUAUUGAAGAGUUGACUGAUGGGGAGCCGUUGAUCCAUCAUUUAAUAGAGAGUGAGGUGAGUAUGCAGCAACAUUCCAUGGAGCUCUCGCCCCCGCCUGGCGCCGCCCCCCGUAUCUCUUCCCUCAUGCUAGACGACGAAGA